AUGAAGACCCUAUCUCUGGAAGAAAGCCAACAAACCUUCUUCACCUUCAAUGACAGAACAUACGAAAAGAUCAAACGAACGCCGAUGGGUUCGCCAAUAUCCAGCCUGGUUGCAGAACUAGUCCUGCAGGAACUGGAAAAAGUCGCCUUCGACCACUAUGAACCUGUAUUUUGGCGCCGGUACGUGGACGACACGUUCUUCAUCAUUUAAAGGAGUAGACUGGCCGGCUUCUAAGACCUGCUCAGCGGCAUCUUCCCAGACAUUUAGUUCACAAGGGAAGAAGAGCAUGCCGAAAACUGCCUUUCCUUGACUUUCUCGUCACACGCAAACCCAACGGCGAACUCAACACCACGGUGUACAGAAAGACGACUAACACGACUCAAAUUCUCAACUACCACAGUAACCAUGUAAUGGCGCAUAAAAGCAGCUGUGUUAGGACACUCUUCCAGAGGCUAUAAAAAGGCACUGCGGUAAACCAGAGGGACGAGUACGAGAACUUCGGCAUCUUCGGGACCAACUAGCAAGGAAUGGAUAUCCGAACAGCUUCGUCGGUCGCUGCCCGUUCACGCGCCCACGAUGAACAAACGGAGGAGAGCCGCCAACACUCUGGCACCCUCUGCCAAAUAUAAAGAACGUGUCCGAAGCGAUGGAACGUAUCGCUGGAGAGCUCGGGGUGGGUAUCGCUCACCGUCCGACAGCGACUAUGCGCAGCAAAAUCAUGCAAGUGAGGCAUCGCUUAGACGUGGGAGAACAAUCGGGUGUCGUCUAUCAGAUCCCAUGUCGGGACUGCCCUCGCCACUAUACAGGACAAACCGUCGACGACUAAGCUCACGAAUACCGAGCAUAAACAGGCGAUCCGUAGAGGCGACCCGUUGUCUCAGGUCGCCACUCACACCAUGGAGGACGGCCACGACUUCAACUUUGCGAGCAUGCGGAUAGUGGCGGGGGCCAACAAAAAGACUGGACGAGAACUGUUAGAGGCCUGGGUGUCUGACACUUACUCUAUAAACAGGCACGUUGACAUACCCCCUGCUAUCACGCGCUCCGUUCCCGCGGCCAAGGGGCAAGAACCAAUUUCCAGUCAAGGGUGCACGCAGUCACGCCGCCGUGAGACGGCGUGGGACUCAACUUUUCGCGAAUACCACCCUCUGCACUCAUAUCUCUCCCCCCUUCACGGCGUGACUACGAAAACAGCUCAUUUGAUGUUGCCUUCUCACAGUCUCUGACGAUGGCCUCCUGUACGAAACAGAAAGCUCAGACUAAUAAACGUACUGUGCCAGAGAUCGAAUCCUCAUUUUCUUUACAGGGUUAAAGUUACUAGGCUGUUUGCAUAACGAAAGGAUCUUCGACCCCUAACCGUCUUUCUGGCUCUCAUUUGCACUCUUUCGAGACAAUUUUACCAUCAACCACCCACAUUCUCAAGGCUUGUAUGACGUUAUCCAUAUUCGGCAGGAAGAAUUUUUCGAAUCUCUUUAGGAAAUCAACUUCUUCAAAACCCAUAAACGCACGCUUGAUGGCGUACAGUACGGACAUUACGUUUUUGCCACUCUCGAACAAUGGGAGGAGGGUUUUAGAGAAUUUGUUGUCAGCACAGCGAGGUCCGUUUGGGCUUCGACAUCUUGUAGGGCUGCACCGCCCUGAAGGUACUGUUUUGUGCUGGCGGAUCUCGCUGUAUUGCCUAGGCGAAGAAUGCCACAUUUUCCAACGUUGAACCGCAGGAGCCAACGGUUUAACCACUCCUCCAACCGAUUAAGACCCACUGGCAUUUUCUGUCUUCGUCGACAGGACCCCGAAUUACAUUCCAUAUCUUCAUGCCAUCGACCAGCAUUGCUACUUCGCAUUCUAAAGCUCUUGCGGCAUCGUUCACGUAUUAAAGAAACAAAAUGGGUCUUAGUACAAAACCCUGGGGGCAUCUAUACCAAUCACAGCAGGAUCUGAUUUGCCUUGACCGAUGUACACAACCUGAUGACGACCCAAGAGCAAGUUUUUGAUCAAUUUAGGGAAGUAGCCACCUAUCCUUAUUUUUUAGUUAAUGUAAGAGUAGACCUUGAGCUUCCAGGAGUUGUAUCAGUUCACUCUUUAUGAACCUUUCGAUAACUUUGCAGAGGAUAAACGUCCAGCUUAUGGGCCUGUAGUUUAUCAUCGCUACCCUGCCACCUACUUUGUAAAGCGGAGAAAUAUACGACAGCUUCCAGUCUAUUGGAAUGACGCUGAGCAUUGACACAGGCACAGCAAGCUCAUUGACAAGUUACUUGAGAAGCUUGGGUGGAAUCUCAUCUGGUCCUGGCGACUUUGUUUCGUUUAUUGCCUCUUAUUCUCUUCGGCAAUGCCUUUUGAGAAUAGUAUUUCACUGACGCUCGGGAUCGGCAGUUUUUCUAUUAGUAAAAAAGGAAUCUUGCCUCGUUUGUAUAGACUGAUUGGAAAAAAUGUGAAGAAUACGUCGCUUUAUCCCUAAUAUUUGCAAUCUCACCGACAUCAGUAGUCGUUUUUUGUGGAAUGAUGUCUGUUCUUUGUAAUUCGUCAGCGGCCGCCAAUCAAAAGGGCUUGUAACAGCGUUAACUACAUCCUGAAACAUGGGUCUAGUAUGUGGGUGCAUAUGGACGGGGGUGGAGGGGGAGAAAAGUCAUCCAAGUAUGAGAGAACUUGUUCGUUGCACUUUAACUCACGCUGCACAAGUUCUCUCAUACUUGGAUAACUUCUCUCCACCUCACCCCCUCGCCAAAUGCACCAGCAAUAUAAGCAUAGACAAAAUAGGUAAGUUUUAAGGUCGCAUUGCGGAAAUGGCAACUCGAAACCGACAAAAAAUUAAUGCAUGAUGACAUUAAGAAAAGUCACGGUGGAAAUCCACAGAUAGAGAUACGAUACAAUUUGUAAACAUUACAUACAGUAAACUAUUAGUUCUGUUCAAAAAUAGGAGUACUUACGACAAGACUGGAGGAUGAAUGGUGCCCAGAAGCUUCUGGAAUUUAGGAAAGGAAUUAUGUGUACGCCGAUCAAUUUCUGGCAAACUAAUAUCUACGAAUCUCUUAACGUUGUAUAAGGUCUCCGCAAUUUUUUCAAAGUGUUCGAAGGAUAAGUCUUCAUUUCCGCAGUAAAAAGGAGGAUUAUGUAUAUAUCCAAUUAAGGCCUUCUUUUUUGCGAAAGGAUAAACAUAGAGAAACACUGAUUUCCAGAGACGUAAGAAAUGCUCAGGUUAAAAAGCGAAUGUGCAAGUAAGGGUACUGAUGUAAACAAGACAGCCACCACCAAGUUCUUCAACAUGAUUCCAUCGGUAUAAGCAGAGGCAAUCAUUAGCUAGCGUCCAAUCUAAAAUUAGACAUGGAGUCCGAGACUCUGCAAUGCACAAAAUACCUGAGUCAACUUCAAAGGCCAUGCUGCUUUGUUGUGCCAACAUUUGCAAGACUGAUCUAACGUUGUGAGGGACUAUACUGAGCGCUUUCCGGAGAUGUAGGUUUUGCUCAUCACAACUCACAUGUAUAUGUAUAUAUUGAAGGGUUACAGGCAGAGCCCUUGAUGACCCAAUUUAGGUACAGUGCUUUCGCAGACUCAUACUCAAAAAUAAAAUAAAAUUGCAGACAUUUAAAAUGUGAUUGGGUCACAGGUCAGUCAUUAUCAUAAAGUAAUGCAGAGGGUCACUGUAAAUUAGUGCGAAAGAUUUUAUAUGACAGAUUUUACAAAAUCGGCUGUGCAUAGUCAUGCUGUACAAGCCGAUUUCUGUUGAAAACUAGACAAGUAAGUUUUCAUUUAAACACACAAACUGUGUCAGCCGUCACGUUCUCGCUUGGAAGCGAGUUCCACGGCCUGGAAGCGAGCUGCUGCUCAAAACUAAGUUGAAGGGAAUAAUUAAAAGGUUAAAUAUAAAUGUGCUCUGCUCUGAAAUUAGUGUGGAGAUUACGACUAACCAAAACGUAGCAAUUUAUAGAAACGCACUUGGGCAGCAUGCCUGAAGAGAAAUGGUAUUUCGCUAAGAAAGGAAAAUAAGGGACAUAACAAUCGAGUCCAGGCAUUGGUAUCGAUGCCCUCCAUAAGGACUGUACCGCCCUCAAUUUCAGCACCUGGACGUCUUUCCCGGUAUUUGUCAUCUUUCAUCUCUUUCACCAACGCAUCUGCUUUCUCAAACGCAUAAAGGCCGAUACGACAUACGGAUUCGCCUUUGGCGUUCGCUCCAACGACUUAACUAACUGUUUACUGCAGUCGUCCCUAUUACUACGCAUCCCUCCUGCACGUUACCGUCACAAGCGCCGCCGAUAACACUCCUUUUGAUCUAUAGCGUGUUUGUUCGAUCUCACUACUUUUCUUUUGUCGAUUUUAUCCACCCGAACGGAGUGCGACCCUAACGGGAACUCUGAAUGAAUUGACGCUAUUCCUUCGGGGACAGCAGAGAUGCGCCCAUCCGCGCUAGAAGCAAGGAACCUCAACGUUGGACACUAGCACACAAAUAACGUCUGAGGAAACAGCUCGGUGCACGUUCUUUACGUUCCUUCAUAUCAUUACGUAUUGUCCAGCAUUUCUCCUCUUUCUUGACAUGUGGAUUGCGCAGUUUCCUGUCGUCGACAAUUGGAAACUCUUUGAGUUUGCUUUCCACUCUGACAACAAACGCGUCCUUAUUCGGCGCUUUUGACACUCCCAGUCCUCUUUGAUAUUUGAAGGCCUGUCAGAAACCGAGUGACACCACCAGGUCAUAUGCGGGGUAAGCGGAUGCUGUGUUACGCAUUUGCAGCUGCAGAUCAUCCACUCACCUCCGAUCAGCGUACAGACAAUUGGUACGAGGAACAAGAUAAGUGCCGGCGGAUCCCGUGACUGGUCUAAUCCAGGACCUGAUGUGUAAAGUAAUUACCCUGCUGAGUCCCCGCCAAGUACUACCAUUCAAUCUUUCAGGACGCGGUAAAUGUCUGCACGGGUUGCUUAAGUCAGUCUGGCGUCUCCCAUCGCACAUCACGCACUUCUUUGCAAACCCCGACCCCUUGCUAGGUCUUGCUUCAAAAAAGCCUACUUAUGUAGCAAAAGCAAUCCCAUUGUCGGUCUAAUCUACAUCCAAGCGUUUGGUCUGGAGGAGACUAUGUAGAGAAACAACGUUAUUUAAAUGACAAAAGACGGAUGUGGUCAGGGAAUAUUGCCUCCUCUUCACGGCACGGUAAAAGACUGACCAUGAAAUGGUGGAUGUGUCUUUUGAUCAAGCAGGGUAUGAGGACAUGUAUGUUACGUUAGCUGUUGAGGACUCUUCACACCACCCAUAGCUCCUAGAAUCGCAUGAACAAGAAGCAUAUAUGAUCACGGCCAAACAAUUGGUCAGAAAUAUGAGUUUUGCUCUAAAGGUGGGUACUUAAAAUCCCAGCGGGCUCUAGUGCAUCAAUAAUAGCCAAACAUGCCAGUGCUCUCACAAUUUCUGCGCGGAAAGACAAACAACAAAUAUCGGAAUUUUUCCACUCAAAAGUUAAACUCCGUGGCGCCUUCAUAUAUUGAAGAUACCAGAGUCUCGAUAUAUUUUCCAUAAAAUGGCGGCCGCAGAUCGCUUGCAUGUGCAUGAGAAUAACAAUCAAUUUGGUCUCACAAACGUUCCCCUGGAUUUCAUUUCUCUUUGUCUCCUCUGCACCGCAAUUCAUUCUGGCCAUUUUAAAUCCAACAAGCGCAAACAUAUUCAGUACCCGUGAAUACGGGUGUCAAAUGCGAAUUGGUAAGCCCGAAGUUGUGUAAGGCAAUGAAUGGGCAUAUUAUAAAACCCUCGUCAAUUUACAUUCUGACAUGGAUUUGCGCUAUCUGUUAGCUUAACGUCCACCGUCACGGCACAACACACCAGCUUCAUCAUGGGCAAAAUUUUAAUCGCCGUCACAUUUUUUUUCUAAAUGCUGCGGCCAUUUGUAGAAAUCGUUCUCGUCCGCCUAACUACAAGUUGUAAUUACGCUCAAGUGUUUGACUUAUACACUUUCGCUCAUGGGAUUGCAGCACACAAUGUUCCAAGGUAUUCCGCCAUAUGCAGAUUGUAUAACAACCUUAUUUUUCAGUUCCAUUGCUUCUCAUUAAAAUUUGGAAUGAUUUAACAAGCUAUUUUAUUUACCGGCUUCCGAGCUUGGCACUGACGCGACAAAUGGCUGAUCCUUAGCCCAUAACAGUGAAACAGGAGUGUGCAGGAAGGAACUGACAGUGAAAGAGGAGGUCGCAUCCUGUUGGGGAAACAGUAAUGAUGGAUUACUUGGGCCAGGUAAAUUUGCGUCGCAAAGACGCGAAAUGAAAAUCUGUCAUUUGCACCCUGAGUAUUCCAUAGCCCAAAUUGUUUCUCUACAUUAGGCACAUCAGUGGAUCAUGCACCCCCUUAACCUAGAAAAUCAUUCGAUGUAUCAGAGCUCGCUACGAUCGAGGACGAUUUUUAGAAGUAGUUAUAGUAAUCGGAAUAGGAGAAAGAGAGAAGGGGACUAGAAGAAGGAGAUAAAUAUGGCAAAGGUGAAGGAUGAUGGGGGUGGGUGUGAUGGUAGUAGUGGUGGUGAUGAUGAUGGUGGUGGUGGUAACGAUGAUGAUGAUGAUGAUGAUGAGGAGGAGGAGGAGGAGGAGGAGGAGGAGGAGAAGGAUGAUAAGGAGGCGGGCGAGGGCGCAGGUGGAUGA